CCUAUCCACAUAAAAAAUGGAGGCUAGAGCAGAGCAGCCUGUCCUGUUUUUUUCAGUUUUUACAUGGUGUCUUUUUACCCUGUAAUUUUUGAAAAAUAACAAAUCUCACACCAGAUGCAGCCUUGGAGCUGCCCCUGCCUGCGCUGAACAAAGAUAAUUACUCAGGAAACGUUUAGGCCAAUCGGAUGCAGCCUUACAUUCUGCCUGUGAAAAAGGGGCCAGUCAGGAAUUGGCUAACAUUACACGGGCCUGAUCGCCUUGCCUGAAGAGCGGAGCCUUCCUCGGCUGAGGGCUGAGAGUGUCCUCCAUGUUUUAUAAGUGUUGACAUAACAUUGUGUCAGGCAGCCAUGCAUCCACAGAGGGUCACAUGGGUGCCCUAGGCACCCAAGCUGCCAAGCUCCAGGGAAGAGUGGACCAUAGCAAAUCCUUUUUAUCUCUUCUUUUAGAUAAUGCAAAAGUGAAAGAGGCACAUGGACAAUCAUAUCUCCUUUCUGCUGCUCUGAUAUGGCUCUAUUUGCUGACAGAAUAUGUGGGGGAUGGGUGGCAGAGGAGGAGGAAGGGAAGGGAUGUGUCUUUUGUAAGCAGAUUGCCUCCGUUGUUGUGGUUUGUCAUGCCAGGCCAGAGAAUGGACACAGGGACAGGAGAUGUGCCUGUAUAAUGCAAGUCUGGCUGAGGAGGAGAUAAAAACAGAGUCGGAUGUGGUAGAGGGGAUGGAUGUGUCCAUGAGAUCCAAAGUCCCUGAACCUGGGUCAGCAGAGCGUUUGCUGGUCGCUCAGAAGAGGAAGGUUCCCAGCCCCACCCACUCAUCCAAUGGACACUCCCCUGCAGAAACCUCCCCUAGCCCCCUGAAGAAGAAGAAGAAACCAGGGGCGCUCAGCAACAGCAGCAAAGACCAGUCAGAGCUAAGACAUGGUCCCUUUUACUAUGUGAAGCAGCCAGCACUCACCACAGACCCUGUUGAUGUUGUACCGCAGGACGGCAGGAAUGACUUCUACUGCUGGCUGUGCCACCGCGAGGGCCAGGUGCUCUGCUGUGAGCUCUGCCCGAGGGUGUACCACGCCAAGUGCCUCAAACUGCCAGCCGAGCCCGAGGGCGACUGGUUCUGUCCAGAGUGUGAGAAAAUUACUGUGGCGGAGUGUAUAGAAACUCAGAGUAAAGCUAUGACGAUGCUGACGCUAGAACAGCUGUCCUACCUGCUCAAGUUUGCCCUGCAGAAGAUGAAGCAGCCUGGAACAGAGCCCUUCCAGAAGCCAGUCUCUCUGGAGCAGCAUCCUGACUAUGCAGAGUACAUCUUCCACCCCAUGGACCUGUGCACCCUAGAGAAGAACAUAAAAAAGAAAAUGUAUGGCUGUACAGAAGCCUUUUUGGCUGACAUGAAAUGGAUCCUGCAUAAUUGUAUCAUCUAUAAUGGAGGUAAUCACAAACUAACAGCAACAGCCAAAGUCAUUGUCAAGAUCUGUGAACACGAGAUGAAUGAGAUAGAGGUCUGUCCAGAGUGCUACCUGUCCUCGUGCCAGAAGAGGGAUAACUGGUUUUGCGAGCCAUGUGGUCACCCCCACCCCCUGGUGUGGGCUAAGCUGAAAGGCUUCCCCUUCUGGCCAGCCAAGGCACUGCGGGAGAAGGAUGGACAGGUGGACGCCCGCUUUUUUGGUCAGCAUGACAGGGCCUGGGUUCCCAUCAACAACUGCUACCUCAUGUCCAAAGAAAUUCCCUUCUCUGUAAAGAAGACCAAGAGCAUCUUCAACAGCGCCAUGCAGGAGAUGGAGGUCUAUGUUGAGAACAUCCGCAAAAAAUUUGGGGUGUUCAACUAUGCGCCCUUCCGCACACCCUUCACACCCAACAACCAGCUGCAGAUGCUGCAGGACCCAUCCAAUCCCAGUGCUGGGGCACUAAAGACAGAGAAAACCGACAAAAUCCGCUUCAACUUUGACAUGACUGCGUCUCCCAAGAUGCUACUGGGCAAGAGCUCCCUGUCCAGCGGGAUGGGGCGGAGGAUUUCCAUGACGGACAUGCCUCGUUCUCCAAUGAGCACCAACUCGUCAGUGCACACGGGGUCAGACGUAGAGCAGGAUGGGACUGAGAGAGGGCCGAGGAACCUCCCCUUCCAUUACAGUGCUGGGGAAGAGUCUAUGGACUACACUGCAUCCCCUGCCUCAGCGAAGAUGGGCCACGGUGGCAGCAUGACGGGCAGCCCCAAGUCCUUCACCCCCCAGGGACUUGUGCCCAAGCAAGAGAGGGGUGCAGCCACUGGGAGCAUCCUCAACCUCAACCUUGACCGGGUGAAGGCUGAGAUGGACCUGAAGGAACUGAGUGAGACCGUGCAGCAACAGCAGCUACAACAGGGGGCACCGGUCCUCCUGGCCACACCCAAGAGACCCAGCAGGAGCCUGGACAAGACCAUCGAGAGCUGCAAGGCCCAGCUAGGUGAUUGUCAAUCUGCAGGCAUAGACGACAUCUCCGAGGAUGUGUAUAAGGGCGUGGAGCAUAGUGACUCUGAGGACUCUGACAAGUCAGACUCUAGCGACAGUGAGUAUCUCAGUGAUGAGGAGCACCGGCCAAAGAGCACCACCCAAGAAGACAAGGGAGAGAGGAAGAGGUCUAAAGUGAACAUGCAGGGAGAGGACAAGGAGGGGCUCCCAGGGACGAGGGACAAAUCCUCCCCGGAAGGUGUGCUCAAAGACGAGCAGGGCAACGGCCCAGAGAGAGAGUCCCAAGACAAGGCCAGGUUGGCCCAGUCUCAGCCCACAGUAGACAGGCCUAAAGCUCCAGAGGAGACGAGGGCAGGAGGCCCCUCCGCCCUUACUGAUCCAGACCAGGACUCUGACUCUGAGAGAGAGCUGGUAAUUGACCUAGGGGAUGAGCAGGGGGGCCGCGAACGCAAGAGAGCCAGAAAGGAACCGGGGGCAGCAGCAGCCACCAAAACUCUCAAAGAGCCUACUGGUACCAAUCUUGAUGGAAAGCUUCCUUCCACCAUACCCUCACCUGCACCUGAAGUCUCCACUUCCUCCUCCAGCCUCAAAGAUGCCACCCAACCUUCCAUUACCUCUGCCCUGAACCUUGUCUCUACCACGUCCUCUGGUCAUGCCAGCACGGCCUCUACCAGCAGCAUUACCACCUCCUCCCCUGCCUCUACCUCCAACUCCACUUCUUCUCACUCGGCUGCCUCAUCAGCCCCCUCUGCAGUCAAGAAGCAGCGCCCUCUGCUGCCCAAAGAGACAGCCCAAGCUGUGCAGAGGGCUGUGGUGUGGAACCCUACCAACAAGUUCCAGACAUCAUCUCAGAAAUGGCACAUGCAAAAGGUGCAGCGGCAAGAGAAACAAGGGGAUCAGCCGGCCCUGCAGAGCCAGGCUCAGGCUCAGGCCCCAGUCCAGGUUCAGGCACAGACACCCAGCCCCCAGCAACUGCAAUCACAGCAGCCACUGCAGUCCUCCUCCAGUACACGCUACCAGACCAGACAGGCUGCAAAAGCUGUGCAGCAGAAAGAUGGGCCUCAGAGCACUUCCACCUCAUCAGUUACCUUGGUUACAUCCUCUGGCACCUCCUCCUCUUCCUCUUUUAUGGCAGGAGACCUCCAGAUUCCCACGGGCUCAGCAGAUGUGGCAGCAGAUAUAGCCAAGUACACCAACAAGAUGAUGGACACGAUAAAAGGGACAAUGACUGAAAUCUACAAUGACCUCUCCAAAAACACAUCAGGAAACACUAUUGCAGAGAUUCGUCGGUUGAGGAUAGAAAUAGAGAAACUUCAGUGGCUCCAUCAACAAGAGCUGUCUGAGAUGAAGCAUAACCUAGAGCUGACUAUGGCAGAGAUGAGGCAGAGUCUGGAGCAGGAGAGGGAGAGGCUGGUGGCGGACGUGAAGAAGCAGAUGGAGGUAGAGAAACAGCAGGCUGUAGACGAGACCAAGAAGAAGCAGUGGUGUGCCAACUGCAGGAAGGAGGCCAUCUUCUACUGCUGCUGGAACACCAGCUACUGUGACUACCCUUGCCAGCAGGCCCACUGGCCAGAGCACAUGAAGUCCUGCACGCAGUCAGGUAUACACCCACAAGCAGCCACAGCAACUCAACAGGAGCCAGAACCAGAGUCGAUCUCAGACCCGUCAACCAAACCGUCCGGUCCUUCCCCCAGCACUCAGCCCCACCCCACAGGGCCCACUCCCACUGAGAAAGGCCCGUCCCCCUCCUACAGUGUGGACAGGAGCAAGGACAGUGCUGUCAUGGCCGUGCCCUAACCACUACACUACACAACCGUGUUCACCCUGCAAUCCUUGUCUGUAAAAUAUAUGUUAAAUAUGGACUAAUCAGAAAGGAUUGUCUUAAACCGACAAAUCUGGGAGAAUGCAACCAUCUCAGUUGAAGACAUCAUAGUCCAUUUUAAAUGGACAUACAAUCCCCCUCCCAGUGUGACAUGUGACAGGAGUUGUGCUGGGCUCAGGGUGUUUAACGCCAGGGACAUUCCUUGCAUGAAGGCCUGCUCCUCUGUGACUCCCUCCUCAUUACUUUAUUUCUAUGUCUGCCAUGUGAGUGACCAUUUGAAAUCACCUUUGCCAUCUUUUUUAGUAGUCUGUGUACACGUAGCUUGUCCUUGUUACUGUGGUCUUUCUGAAUCUGAACUGUAAGUCUCUGUAUAUUUACACGUUUUCUCCUUUUUAAGUUUCCAUUUACAUCUUUAUGUUGCCAUCGAAUUUGCUCUGAUCUAUAGAUUGUAUCAAAACAUCAGACAUUGAUUUAUUGCAAACUGACAAGCAUCUUGAACUUGAAACCUGUAAUGCUGCUCUUAAAAAGAUACCAUGAGACUGUUUUAGAGGCUGCAAAAGAGAUUCUGACAUCUUGUUGGUGGACUUGCAUUGUUUACUGUUAAGCUCAUGUCAUUACUAGUAUUUCAGUACAGUAAGUUUCUAUAUUCAUUUGACAGGACAUCUUUGUUAAAAUAGUAUAGUCAUUGUAGGGAAAACAACACGGUUAAUAAUCAUCCACCCCCAUUUGGCUCAUACAAAAAUGUACAUUAUAGUUCAGUGUAAGAAUAUAAUUCAGUGAUCUGUGAUUUAUAUAUAAAAAAAACUAUAAAGGUUGAAACUGUACAGUUUUUGUAAUUAAUAAACUAUUUAUAUUGCUAUAAGCAUAUACAAUUCUGUUUUAUAGUUGCCUACCACUUAAGAAAAAACAAUUUCCAAAUAUCUGGAAACAACAGCAUUUUGGAAAUUUCAAUUUGAAAGUGAGAUGUUACUUAAUAUGAAUGUCACUUUGACCCUCAGUUCUGAUUCAUGUCAGUACAGUCUAAUCAACAUGUUAAUGCAAAUCUGCUCGAUAGACUGCUAAAGUGAGGGAGGGAAACGGCAAGCUGACUGUGUACUAAUGAGCAUGAUUAUUUUUAUUCUUUCACAUGUUCUCUUUGUUUACAUAUUGUACAUAGAAUAAAUGGAUUGUUGAUGUCUUUAUGAAGAAAAAAUAAAAACCGGUCUAUUAGA